UGGCGGGCUCUCAAAAUAAACAUGAGAACCGAAGUACGACUAAAAAGUUUUAUGUAUAAUUUUUCCGAUCUGAGUAAAUAUAAAUGAGAUGGCGACAACGACUGUAACAGAUAUAAGCUCCCCGUCAGCUUUGUUACAGCGACUUUGCUGCAAAGUAACUGGCUUGUCAGAUGAGUCAGUGACACCACAUUAUCAGUUUGCCUUGCGGAUACUUGGAAGUCAGUUUGAGACGCAGUUUGAAGGGGAUGAAUUUCAAGUGUCCAAAAAAAUCAAAUCACAGUUGUUUCGGAAGGGCCGGGAGAGGGACGCGGCUGUGUUUUCCGAGUUACAUCGCAAGCUGCAGUCUCAGAAUGUUCUCAAGAACCGGUGGCAAGUUUUACACCUGUUGAUGUGUCUCAGCGACUCCCAGGUGCCUGCGAACUCGUCGUCGCUGGGCUCUGCGUUGUUUGGCCGCCGACUCCCAGCAUAUGCCACGUCGACGCCAUUUCAGCCCGGGAGUCGGAUAGUUCCUGACUCGACGCCAGAUCUGAGCGGUGCGAGCGCGCUGCUGCCAUCCACCUUACACACGACGUUACACACGACCGACAGCAGUGGCUUCAGCAGCAUCCCCAGCGGCAUCAGUGGCGGUACAGGAGCUCACGUACACCAGUCAUUUGCUCCAAGUUACACCCCGACGCCAGGGACAGCCGUACAAGACAGGACUGGGCGAAAUCUGGGGGCUCGACUGGCCCUUGGUCUUUCCAAACCUAAAGAUACUGAUUACUCUCUCGUUCCCCGGGGGCGACAGACUGUCUCAACAUCUCAGUCUACGCUGGCCAGGGGAGACAACCUUUCGUUUGAAAUCCCGGAAGCGAGCCUCAUCAAGGAUCUGAUGUAUUGCUUCCAGGGUAUUGAGGGCAAGUGGAUCAAGUUCGACUCGGGCCGGGAGAGUUACAGAAUAGACCCCCAGGCUGGGAUUCCGAAGGCUGUGAGACAGCUGAUCAGCAAACUGGCCGAGUGUGGCUGGCUGUACAACAAGAUCAAACACUACGUAGAGUCGAGGAGCUUUGAUAAAGCUUUCGGUUUGGUUGGCCAGAGUUUCUGUACAGCCCUACAUGAAGAACUAACCGAGUACUACAGACUGAUAGCUGUUCUCGAGGCACAGUUGCAGCAGGAGCAGGACCCAGGAAUUGCCGAGACGAGCAGUCUGACCCUCCGCCGUCUUGCCGUGUGGACAUUCGACCCUCUCGUGCGACUCAAGAUAUUGGCUGCGUUAGUCGAUGUCUGCAAAGGUAAGAAAGGUGGAGCCCUGGCGUCUGGGAUAUAUUCGUGUAUGCAGCACGGAGACCCGUUCGUGAGAUCAGUCAUCAAGCUAAACCUCACAAUGGUGUGUCAGCCAAUAUAUGCGACCUUGCUGCGGUGGCUUUACGACGGGGAGCUGGAAGAUACGUACCACGAGUUCUUUGUUGCCUCAGAUCCGACAAUCAAGAACGACCGACUGUGGAACGACAAGUACAGCUUAAGAAAAUCAAUGAUACCCACUUUCAUUACCAUUGAUCAGGCUCAGAGGAUACUGCUGACGGGAAAGUCGAUCAACUUCCUGCGACAAGUCUGCCAAGAUCGUACACCCACAAAGGGCAGAGAAGUUGCCAUGACCUUUGAUGUUAGUCAAGCGGAAACCAUGUUAACCCAGGACAUGAACACAGAGUUCCAGAAGAUGGUCGAUGUUGUCUACAAAGACACGAGUCAGCAUCUCUUGGAUGUCCUACAUAACAAGUACAAGUUCAUGGACCACCUUAAAGCGAUGAGGCGAUACCUUCUGCUGGGACAAGGAGAUUUUAUACGACAUUUGAUGGAUCUGCUGGAAGAGGACUUGGCCAAACCGGCCAGUAAUUUAUACCUGCACAAUCUGACGGGGAUUCUCGAGACGGCAAUACGGGCUACCAACGCCCAGUUCGAUGACCUCGAUAUUCUCAAGAGACUGGAUGUUCGGCUGCUGGAAGUUUCACCGGGUGACACUGGCUGGGAUGUCUUCAGUUUGGACUACCACGUCGACGGACCAAUAAGGACGGUAUUCACCCCAGAAUGCAUCAUCAUGUAUCUGCGAGUGUUCAACUUCCUGUGGCGAGCCAAGCGGAUGGAGUACUGCCUCACUCUGAUCUGGAGAAACCAGAUGUCGAAUGCCAGAGCCCUCCAUUCAAUUCCAGAACUGUGGACGAUUCUUCCGCACUGCCACGUGCUCGGCUGUGAAAUGGUGCAUUUCAUACAGCAAGUCCAGUACUACAUUAACUUUGAGGUGUUGGAGUGUGCAUGGGAUGAGCUGCUCACGAAGGUCACGGAGGCCAAGGAUCUCGACUACAUCAUUGCCGCACACCAGGUGUUCCUCGACACCGUCAUCUCAAGAUGUCUGCUGGAUGAGAAAUCACGGGCCAUACUGACUCAGCUGCGGACCAUAUUUGAUUUAAUAAUUCAGUUUCAAACGGCCCAGGAGAAUUUUUACCAAGCAGCCACGUCCGAGUUGGAGGCGCGACAACACUUCGAAGACUUGAAACGGAAGAAGACUAAUGAGGGUCAGUGGGGUUUGACGUCGGCGGAUGAAGAGGAGGAAUCGAAGCGGAGAGCGGAGUUUCUAAAACACGUCAUUCCGUCAACAAGAGCCCAGUUAACUGUGCUGGCUCAGUCUUACCAGGACAUGGUUCAGGAUUUCCUACAGAUGUUGACAAGUCACCAAGAUGUCAGUCUCAGAUUUCUCAGUUUCCGCCUCGACUUCAACGAACACUACCGAUCCAGUCGGCAGUGCAAGGGUGCUCUCCCUUACCACCAGAGAAAGAAGAGGGCCGUUUGAGGUCGGUGUGACCCAAGAAAUUCCUAAGCAUUUCAGGAAUCAACAUGGACCCAUGAAAUUCCUAAACAUUUCAGGAAUUGAUAUGAACCCAAGAAAUUCCUAAACAUUUCAGGAAUCGACAUGGACCCAUGAAAUUCCUCAACAUUUCAGGAAUCAACAUGGACCCAAGAAAUUCCUUAAAAAAAUUCCUCAACAUUUCCAGAAUUGACAUGGACUCAUGAAAUUCCUCAACAUUUCAGGAAUCAUCAUGGACCCAAGAAAUUCCUAAUAUUUCAGGAAUCGACACAAGACAAUGAAAUUCAGUAGCAUUUAAGGAAUCAGCAUGGACCGAGAAAUUCCUUCACACUUCAAAUAUCAGCACACGCUAAUGGAAUUCUUUACAUUUUGUGCUUAAUGCCAAUGAGUGCCAGAGCCCAUGGAAUUCCUCAACAUUUCUGGAAUUAACACAAGGUCAUAACAGUCCUUAACAUUUUGUGCUUAAUAUAUAUAUCAACAUAUUCCUUAACAUUUCAGGAAUUAAAAUGAGGCCUUGAAA